AUGAGUCCAUUUUCCUUAGUGUGUGCGUUGGGAUUAAUAUUCAUUGUGGGGAGUCACGUUGCAUAUGCACAAGACUCGCCAUCAGACUAUGUGAACGCCCACAACGCAGCAAGAUCGCAGGUUGGUGUUGCAAACAUUGUUUGGGAUAACACUGUUGCUGCUUUUGCCCAAAACUAUGCUAAUCAACGCAAGGAUUGUCAACUGAUCCACUCCGGUGGUGGUGGCCGAUACGGAGAGAAUAUUGCGAUGAGCACCGGUGGCAUGAGCGGCACGGAUGCAGUGAAGUUGUGGGUUGAUGAGAAAUCUUACUAUGAUUAUAAUAGUAAUACAUGUGCUUCUGGUAAAGUGUGUGGCCAUUAUACUCAAGUGGUUUGGAGAAACUCAGUUCGUCUAGGAUGUGCCAAAGUGAGAUGUAACAAUGGAGGAACAUUCAUCACUUGUAACUAUGAUCCACCUGGUAACUAUGUUGGCCAGAAGCCAUACUAA